GCGAGUGAGGGAGAGAAGUUUGCACUUUGGCACCCACACCGGAGUCAGUCGCAAAGCUAACCAGGCGGCCAACCACUCGAGGAUUAAGCCAGACGGGGAGAUGGAGCGACCCCCUUUGAUUCCUAUUAAAGGGAUCCCCAUGAUCAAGUACUUUGCUGAAAUCUGGGACGAUGUGGAAACCUUCGAACCACACAGAGAUGAUUUACUCAUCUCCACGUAUCCAAAGUCUGGAACCACCUGGAUCAGCGAGGUUAUAGACAUGAUCUUUAAAGAGGGCGACACAGAGAAAUGCAAGCAAAACCCCAUCUACGCUCGAGUUCCUUUCUUGGAGUUUAAAGUUCCAGGAGUCCCUUCAGGUAUUGAGCUACUGAGAAAAGCAUCCCCGCCACGUAUGAUUAAAACCCACCUCCCUAUACAGUUGCUUCCUGAAGCCUUCUGGACCAAGGAUUGCAAGAUGAUUUAUGUGGCCAGAAACGCCAAAGACGUGGCCGUCUCAUAUUAUUACUUCUACCAAAUGGCGAAAGUGCAUCCCGAUCCAGGCACCUGGAAUGAAUUCCUGGAGUUGUUCAUGGCUGGAAAUGUCUCUUUUGGAUCCUGGUACGACCACGUCAAAGGCUGGUGGGACAAGAGGAAGGAGCAAAGGAUGCUGUAUCUCUUCUUUGAAGACCUGAAAGAGAACCCACAGAGGGAGAUCCGAAAGGUCAUGGAAUUCCUGGAGAGGCCCCCUGAUGCUCGGCUGGUGGAAAAGAUCGCCCACCACACCUCCUUCAAAGAGAUGAAACAGAAUGAGAUGGCCAACUACAAGACCAUUCCCACUGACAUCAUGGACCAUAGUAUCUCCCCUUUUAUGAGGAAGGGAAUCACUGGCGACUGGAAGAACCUUUUCACAGUGGCUCAAAAUGAGAUUUUCGAUGAAAAUUACAAGCAGCAAAUGGAAGGAACGACCCUCCACUUCCGGACAGAGAUCUGAUGUCUCCAGCUUCAUUUGGACUGUUCCUAUUUCCACUGCCUUAACGGGAAGAUGACUUUUAGCUUCUUUCAAUCGACCCGCUCAAGUUUCCAUCUAAUGAUUAAAUUUUCAGCUAAGAUGCUGGAGUAGAAGUGAAAAAUGGAAGCUGACAUUCCUGGAUUCCUAAAAUUUCAACUGCAAAGACCUGCUGCUCGAGUGCUAAGCUUGUUGUGGAUAGACAAACCCCCUAUUAACCCUCCACCCCAGUUUACUGGUUCUUCCCAUGUUCCAGAAGAGCUGGCUGUGUUGAGUGUUGAUUGGCUAGCCCUUGUGGCAGUCGGAGCCACGGCGGCACUGCAAAAGUCUGACUGGUCGGCCUCGAACAACCGCACGCCCCCUCGCCUUUUUGAGAACACUGCCUUCAAGUGUGGGGUUUUUAAUGUCAAAACAGACAGUAUGGUGUACUGGUUAGAGGUCACUGUUGUCAAACCCGACACUUAGCGAUGAAGCCCACUAAAUCGUAGGGCAUUGAUUCAGCUGAGUGUACAUGACAUAGUUGAUGUGAGCAUAAAAGGGAAGAUGAGAGAACAGUGUAUGCAGAGGUGGGAUCCAGCAGGUUCUCACCAGUUCCCGAGAGUGGGUUACUAAUUAUUUGUGUGUGCUGAGAGGGGGUUACUAAUUGGGUCUGCUUUUCUGUUAGAAAUUC